AUGGGCAGAUUAAUUGGACUAGAGCUAUAUAACUUUAAGUCAUACCGUGGAAAGGCAGUUAUUGGAUUUGGAUCAUCGAAUUUUACCUCAAUUAUUGGACCAAAUGGAUCUGGUAAAUCAAACAUGAUGGAUGCAAUUUCGUUUGUGUUAGGAUUAAAUUCAUCUCAUUUAAGGUCACUGAAAAUUAAAGAUUUGAUUUAUAGAGGUAGAAGAAGAGAAACUGUUGACAGUGAAGAUCUUUCAGUCGAAUUAGAUCAAAAUCCAACUUCGGCGUAUGUUUUAGGAACUUAUGAAAAAGAUAAUGGUGAAAUUUUGAGAUUAAAAAGAUCAAUAAGUUUGUCUGGUCAUAGCGAUUAUCAAAUAAAUGAAAAAUCAGUUACAAGGUUAAAUUAUACUCUGGUUUUAAAACUGGAAAAUAUAUUAAUUAAAGCUAGAAAUUUUUUAGUUUUUCAAGGUGACGUCGAAUUAAUUGCUUCUCAGAACCCAAAAGAUUUGAGUGGAUUAAUUGAACACAUAAGUGGAUCAAAUGAAUAUGUGACCGAAUAUGAAAAAUUAAAAGAAGAAAUGGAAAAAGCUCGUGAAGUUACCAAUAGUGUAUUUUCACAAAAAAGAACGUUAAACUCGGAAUCUAAACAAUAUAAAGAGCAAGCAGAUGAGCAAAGAUUAUUUGAAAAGAAUUUGGUUUUGAGAAAUGAAUACAUCAAAAAAAUUCAAUUGUAUAAAUUGUAUCAUAAUGAGAAAAAACAUGACGAUUUAAAAAAGGAAAUUGAAAAGGAAAACAUUCUUCUUGAUAACUUGAAAAAAGACCUUGCAAAUAAAGAAAAAACUUUAAAAUCGUUAGUAGCUGAAUAUUCAAAGGGAGUGCUUGAGUUGAGAAAUCAGGACAAAGAACUUGAAGAAUCUAAAGUAAAAAUUGAACAAGCUAAAAGAAGAUUGAUUCCAUUAGAGUCAAAUCAAUCGUCACUCACAUCUAGAAUUUCUUCUCAGACUAAAAAGAUCGAAGAUUUAGGUAUAGAUAUAAAAUCACAACAAGAGCAAAUUUCAAAAUUACAAAAGCAGUUGCAUGAUUCACAAAAAUUAUAUGACAAAUUUGAAACUAAAGUCAGAGAAUCUAUUGCAGCCUCUUCAUCAUUAAAUCUAUCGGAAGCAGCUCAUAAAGAAUACGAAGAAAUACGUUCGCGUUAUUUAGCAUCAGAAGGAUCAGAAUUGGAAGAAAAAUUGGCAUUAUUACUAAAUGACAAAGAAACUAUAAAUUCAAGUAAAGUCAGUUUAUCUAAUCAAAAGUUGAACGCUCAAAAUAGAAUUCAAGAUUUAAAAACAAACUUGAACCUACAAUUGAAGUCAGAUUUUAAUGAUGUUGAUGAUGGAAUAAAUCAAAUUACUACACAAAAGAAUGAAAAGGCAGAAUUAAGGAAAAAGCUCAUUAAACAAAGGGAUAUUUUCAAUCAGAAAGAAUUGCAAAUUAAUACUCAAUUGAGGGACGUGCUUUUAAAAUUAGAAGACUUGACAUCUCAACAACGUGAAUCGAAUAAGCAGAAAAAGUUAAGGGAAAAUGUAAUUGUCUUAAAAAGAUUGCUACCAGCAGGAUCAAUCAAAGGAUUAGUUCAUGAACUAGUUAAACCUUCUGAACAAAAAUAUGAAAUUGCUUUGGUGACUUUGUUAGGUAGAAACUCGGAUUCUAUAGUUGUUGAAUCUGCUGCAAUUGCUUCCAAAUGUAUUGAAAUAUUGAAGGAGAGAAGGGCUGGUGUCGCUUCAUUCAUACCACUCGACUCAAUUGAAUUUGAUCCAAUAAAUUUGAAUUAUUUAAGGUCGAUUAGUGAUUCUGCUGUUGCUGGUAUCGAUAUAGUUGAAUACGAAGACAAAUCAUUAGAACCGGCCAUUAAUUUUGUCAUUGGAAAUGCAUUAGUUGCGAAAGACAUCACUAUAGCUAGGUCAUUACGAUGGGACUCAAGCCGGGCUUUAAAUAAUAAAAUUGUAACAUUACAAGGUGCAAUAAUUCACAAAUCUGGUCAAAUGACUGGUGGUAUGCAAACACGUAAAUCAUCCGCAAGUGUCAGUUGGGAUAAACAAGAAUGGACCAAAUUAAAUGACACGAAAGAAUUGUUGAUGGAAGAAGUAAUGAAAUUACAAGAAUCAAGACCAAAGGAUUUGGAAAUUAAUCUUUUAGCUGAAGAAAUUAGUUCAUUGGAAGAUAAGUUGCCAUUGUUGAAGAAUAGAAAAUCAUCAUUACAACGUGCCAUAACCGAUAGAGAAAAUGAAAUUGAUUUUCAAUCUAAUUUAUGUUCUGGUUUUAAUGAGUCUUUACAAAAUAAAGAGAAAGAGUUACUGGAAUUUGAAUCUAAAAUUGAAAAUAUUAAACAAAAAAUUAGUGAAUCAAAAACGGAAAUUUAUGGGGACUUUUGUACUAAAUGGAGUUUACCAGAUGGUAUUGAAAAAUAUGAAGAACUACAUGGAAGUGCUUUGAGAAUAAGAGCUAAAGAGAGAUCACAAUUUGUAAAGGCAAUUUCAGUUUUGCAAAAUAAGUUAGAUUUUGAAGAAGGUCGUUUGAAAGAAACCAUUACAAGAAAACGAACUAUGGAGAAUCAAAUUGUUGAUUUGAAAGCUGAGUUAGAAGAAAUAGUAGAUUCUAAAACAAGAUUAGAAGAAGAGUUGGAUCAAACUGAAGCUGAAUAUGAAAUAUCAAAAUCUGAAAGAAAGAAGGCAGAUCAAAUAUUACAAUCCAAAUCUAAACAUUCCAAAUCUGUUGAAAGUGAUGUAAAUGAAAUUCUGAAAGAAGUAUCUAAUAUGUCGAAAAAAAUCAGCCUGGAAGAAGAAAUGUUACUUAAGAUUGUGUCCGAUAGAGCAAUGAUUUUAAAAAAUUGUAAGAUUCAAAAUAUAAUUUUACCGUUAGAGGUUGGAGAUCUUGAUUCUUUACCUGUCGGAGAAGACACAAAUGAAUUGUUUGAUUUGGUUUAUGAUAUUGAAGUUGAUUAUGAGAUGCUCGAUGACAAAUUUAAAGAAUCUUUCAAUACUAAGUUAGAAGUUGAGCUUGAAGCUUUGUUGCAGGAUACAAUUGAAAAAUUGGAAAGGUUGACUCCAAAUGCAAAGGCUCAAGAAAGGUUUAAAGAUGUUGAAAAGAAAUUACGAUCAUACGACAAAGAUUACACGGUUGCUAGACAACAAGAGAGGAAGACCUCUGAUAAAUUUGCAGAAAUGAAAGAAAAGAGAUAUCAGAAAUUUAUGGAGGCUUUUAAUCACAUAUCCAGUCGUAUUGACUCAAUCUAUAAAGAAUUGACAAAAUCAAGCACAUCUCCAAUGGGUGGUUCUGCUAUUUUGGUGUUGGAAGAUGAAGACACUCCGUACUUAUCUGGGGUGAAAUAUCAUGCUAUGCCUCCAAUGAAACGAUUCCAAGACAUGGAGCUAUUGUCAGGUGGAGAAAAAACUAUGGCUGCUUUGGCAUUACUUUUUGCAAUUCAUUCAUUCCAACCUGCUCCAUUUUUUGUGCUUGAUGAAAUCGAUGCCGCUCUUGAUAACAAUAAUGUUGCAAAAAUCGGGAACUACAUUAAAAAUCAUGCUGGACCAAAUUUUCAAUUCAUUGUGAUAUCUUUAAAAAGUAAUCUUUAUGAAAAAUCGGAUGCAUUAGUGGGCAUCUACAGGGAACAAAAUCAAAACAGCUCGAAAACAAUCACUUUAGAUUUAGAUGAUUAUCCUGAUGAAGAUGUACCACUUCAAAGUAACGUUGUAGCUGCGGCAUCGUGA